AAAAAAAAAUUUUCUCUUUUAUUUUGAUUUGAUUUCUCUUUGUGAUUUGUUAAUUGUUUUCUUUUGCUAAUUGACAUUCAUCUAAUCAAAGUGAUUAGUUGGUGAUAUGAAACACGGAAGCGUUUAUGUUAUUAAUAUGUGUGUGUAUUUAAUUUUGGUUCAUCAUCCAUGUUAGUUGUUAAAUUGUUGUUAAUUUAGCUCAUAUUAUUUUUCUAGAGGUUAACUAAGUUUAAUUUACAGAGUCUGCUCGUAAAUGAUCAAGGAUAAUCAAGAAAAUGAUAGAGAGAAAGGAACGUCAAUACAAUAAUCUCUCUUGCAUAGAGACGUGAUAUGACUCCAUUGGAUAACAAUGUCAACAACCUUGGAUUGACCUGAUUUUUUCUCUUUUUAUAGAGAAAUGACUUGGCUUUCAUUAGAAGAUUUUUUUUCUUCUUCCUUCAUCAUAAUCAUCAUCGUCAUCAUCUUCACAUCUUUUUCUUGUUGUUGUUCACUUUCGUCAUCAUUCUCGAUAUCAUAAUCAUCAUCAUCAUCAUCUCCUUUUUUGUUCUCUCCCCUCUUCUCAAUUAAUUUCUCAUCUCAAGCAUAUGUACUUUUCAUGGUUGAUGAUCUUAAAUCUAACGAAUGGACUCAUUUCUGGACUAAUUUACAAAGUAAUCAUCACCUUUUGGUUUCUCAUUGGAUUUCCAUCUAAUCAACGUAAUGAUCAAUCAUUUGAUUCACCAACAUUUCGUGCUGCUGUUUAUGAAUAUCAACGAUUCAGUCAAAAAUCAUCAAUCAAUCAAUUUAAUGUCAAAAGGGUUAACUUGAAAUCUUAUGCAAAAGCGAUUCAAGUAGCUUCUUAUCAUGGUGCCGAUUUAAUCGUUUUCCCUGAAUCUGGUCUAUUCGGUGCCAUUAAUCGUACCGUGGCUUCACUUAAUUAUGAAUACAUUCCGAACGCUAAUGAAUCAAUCACUCCUUGUAUUGAUUGGAAUGGCCAAUCAUCAAUUGAUUCCCUGUGUGUCCAUUCAUUAAGUUGUCUUGCCAGAGGUUUCAAGAUUUACGUUGCCGCCAUUUUGGGUGAAAAGGUUAAUUGUUCACUUUCAAAUGAUCCAAAUUGUCCAGAUCAUGGUCAUUAUUUAUUUAACACUCAAAUACUUAUUGAUUCAACGGGAAAAUUGAUUGCUAAGUAUCAUAAGUAUCAUCUAUUUUUUGAGCCAAUUCAUAACAUUCCCGUUGAACCUGAAGUGGUCACCGUUUCAACCCCUUUUGGUAAAUUAGGAUUUCUUAUUUGUUUUGAUAUUAAUUACUUACAGCCUGCUUUCAAUUUGAUUAAUAAUCAAUCGGUUGAUACCAUUUUAUUUGGUGCUCAUUGGACUGAUGAGCUUCCCUUUCUUAAUGCACAUCGAGUUCAAUCAGGCUUUUCAAUUGAACAAAAUGUCAACCUUUUGGCCUCUGGAAUCAAUGAUUUACCUUUAGGUGCCGUAGGUUCAGGCAUCUAUCAGGCUGGGAAAGGUCCAAUUGUUUACACUGCUGAUAUAAUGAAAGGAGGAUCUAAAUUGUUAAUUGCUGAUUUACCCAAAUCAAGACAUGAAAAUAGAUCAAUAGAUUCAAGAACUGGAUUGGUUAAAAUAAUUGAACACAAUAAGAUUGAUGAAUCAGAUCAUUUACCUUACAAACCAUGGACAUUGGAACUUGAUUUAUUUAAUUAUACCAAAUUAACCCAACAAUCAGACAAUAUUGUCUCCUGCAGUGAAAAAAUUUGCUGUCAAGUUAAUUACUCAAUGACAAAAUCAAGCUUUCCAAUGACUUACUAUCUAUUAGUUAAGAGAUGGAUUCGACCAACAACCAAAAUUUGUGAACAAUUUUGUGGAUUAGUAGCUUACAAUUUAACCGAUUAUGCUUAUAUUACAACUCAAUUGUUUAAUCACUUACAAUUAACUGGUAACUUUACAAGCAAUCAAAUUAUCCCAAGUGUAGUGACCAAUAAUUUUCAAUUAAUCUCAAAAUCAACUUGGACUUACAUUCACAAAGACAAUGUUGCAACAAUUAAUCUAGAUAAUAACGAUCAACCCUUACUUGGAGUAACAUUGUACAGUCGCUGUGAAAAAGAUGAUCAACCGAUCAACAAUUAGUAAUCAAAAUUUAAACCUUUGAUUUACUAAAAAAAUUUCCCAUUAAAUGGUUUUAAAUUGUUACAUUUGUAA